AGUAGACGUUCAGCUAAAGUGCUUUUAAGUUGUGUCAGUGAUUAUCACUGAGAUGAUUUCGAGGGCUAUAUUAUUUUGUUUGGCUGUAGGCGUCUGUGCCGCAGGUAAAGCAGGCAUUGUUAGGCCAUGCUAUUUUUCAGACCGAAAAUGCAUAGCCGAUAAUUUGAGGGCUAAUUCAAAAUGCAAACCGGUCAUUAAAGGCGCUUUACCCAACAAGUACACAUUGCAAAACGUCCGCUUCGAAGCACCAUUCUUCAAUGCAUCCUUCAUAGAUAGAACGCUGACAAUCAGAAAUCACAACAAAUGCAAAAUUUCUGAAUUUUUCUUCAACGUACCCGGGGACACAGCUGUCCUCUCUGUCGACUGCCCAUACCUGGACCUGGAGUCGGAUCGUACACUCAUACAGCAUACAUCUAAGAAAGAGGACUCCAAAUACAACUACCACAUUCGAGGAGAAUAUCCUCUGAUACGGUUAACUACUAAUCUGAAGCACGCUGACAAGCUGAACUUGUGCUCGGCGUUUGUUUUCGGUGACGUCACAGCGCUACCUAUCUUCAAAGUGGAUCCACUUGACAAGCCAACGAAGAACUUCCUGUCCCACGACUUGACAGUACUGAACGUGUUCGAGAGAGAGACAUUCUUCUAUCGUGCUCCCUAUCUUAUGCGAAAAUACAUAAACUCCUACAUAUGCAAUUUCGGCUGCAAUUAAUCACUGUAAAAUAUAAGAUUUUAACUCUUUAUAAUUUUGUUUUCUACUGGGUUGCCUACUAUAAUUAAACGGUUGUCAAAAUUUGACAAUUUAUUUUAAACUCUACCGAUGUUUAUUUUAAGAUUUAAAAUGAAAUAGAGAAACCACUUUUGUCUUAUAACCUCAAACUUCUUUGUUAGUGCUCAUUACUUAUGUAUAAUGAUGACUUCAGAUCACAAUAGUACCUAUGCCAAAUAGAGUUAAUUUAUCUCACCCGCUGUAAGUUUUAUU